AUGUCAAAGAGAACCUUUAAUUUUCGUUCAUCAACAUCAUCAUCUGGUAAAUCUAAACAGUUUGAUGUUAACAGUGUUUUGGAUAGAACUCCUCUGUCAAACAUUUCGAAUGUUAUUGAUACCGGUGAAAGGCGAAGAAUCAGAAAAAGAAUACUUGAGAGUAAGCGGUCGAAGAAUAAAACUUCUUCUUCAAAUGUUGGUGUGACGUUACGUGAUAAAGAAAACUCAUCUCACGUAUCUAAUGUUACAAAUCAGAUAGAUAUGACAAUCUCUUUUCAGAGAAGUGUAGAUGCUACGCUAUCUUCAUAUACUAAUAAUAUAGGUGAUUUUGACAGAAUUCCUCUUUCAGCCAUUUCUACAGUUAUUGAUACUGCAGAAAGACGAAGUAUCCGAAAAGCAAUAAUUGACAAAAAGAAGGGAAAGAAAAAAACUUCUACUACAAACGUUGAUGUCGGCAUACGUGGGAAAGAAAAAGUAUCUCAAGUCUCUAAAGUUACACAUAAUAUAAAUACGACAAUCCCGUUACAUGGAAGUUUGAAUGGUAUGCCUGCUUUACUUGAUACAAACUUUUCCAGUAAUGAUAAUUUGCAAAACAACGAUCUUUCCGUAUGUACCCCUGGCGUAUAUUCGAUUAACUCAAAUAUCUUGACGUAUACCAAUUCGACUUCAGCAUCUAACCGAACAUCACUUAGUAAGUUGUCAGCCGGAAAGCGCAAACUGAAGCACAAGUCACGUGAUUUAUCCCCAGUAGUUAUGCAAAGUUUGGAAUCGGGUGAUCCUAGCAAUGCUGAAAUUUUUGUUCCAGAUCCUUAUAAAGGAAUUUCAAGUGAGUACAUAGAUCAUGGUGAUCAAGUUGUUAUAUGUGAUAUUUGUCAUGCCAAGUUAUGGACUUCCGAAGGUGGAAAAGGUCGAUUGACAUUGGGCAAGUUAUGUUAUGGUUUAUGUUGUGGAUAUGGGAAAGUUGAGCUACCAAAUUUAAAGGAGGCAAAUCCGUCGUAUCAAAAUUUGUUCCACAUGUCAGAUCAAAGAAGCAAGUUCUUCUUAAAGAAUAUCCGACGAUAUAAUUGUAUGUUCUCUUUUACAUCUAUGGGUGGAAAGGUUGAUUCGAAAAUAAACAAGGGAAAUGCUCCAUUCAUAUACCGAAUUAGUGGUCAAAAUUUUCAUAGCUUAGGUAGUCUAAAACCAGCUAAUGGCAAGCAAGCUAAGUUUUCUCAACUAUACAUAUACGAUACUGAGAACGAGGUAUAUAACAGACAAAGUGUAUUGGGGCAACAGGUAACUUCACAUGAACAGGAGUUGGACGUCGAAAUAAUUGAAUACCUUAAAGAUUUUUUAGAUUCCCAUAAUGAGUUGGUUAAAUCUUACAGAAUGGUACGAAACCAUUUUCAACAAAAUCCGGGAGCAAACCUUAAGCUCCGACUUAUUUACAACAGAGACAAAGAUGGAAGAACUUAUAAUCUGCCAUCCUCGACUGAAGUAGCUGCUUUGAUUGUCGAUGAUUUAGAUGCUUCUGUUGAUCGUCGUGACAUUGUUGUUGAAACUCAAUCUGGUAUGCUUAAACGUAUUAGUGAGUUACAUCCAUCCUACCUUGCUCUUCAAUAUCCUAUUUUUUUCCCGUUUGGUGAUGAUGGAUAUAGAAUCGAUAUUCCUCAUAAGGAUGGUGUAACAACCAAGAAAAAAAUACGACCAAAAUGCACAAUGCGGGAAUUCUUUGCAUAUCGAAUACAGGAUCGCAUUAGUGGUUAUUCUUUGGUUUUAAACGGAAGAAGACUGUUCCAACAGUUUUUGGUUGACGCUUACACUAUGGUUGAAAGCGAAAGGUUAAAUUUCAUACGUGGUAAGCAGAAGAAUCUACGAUCCGAGACAUUUGAAAAUUUACAAAAGUAUAAGCACACAGGUCAAGAAAAUUUAUCGAACACCGGUCAAAAGGUAAUUCUGCCUUCUUCCUUUACUGGAGGGGCUCGGUUCAUGCAACAAAACUACCUUGAUGCUAUGGCUUUAUGUAAAUGGUUUGGAUACCUAGAUUUUUUCAUAACCAUUACAUGCAAUCCUAAAUGGCCUGAAAUUUCAAGAUUUCUUAAAGAUACUUCAAUUAAACCAGAAGACAGACCAGAUAUACUAUGUCGAUUGUUCAAGAUGAAGUUGGAUUCAAUGAUUAAAGAUCUAAAGGAUAACAAAUUUUUUGGUGAAAUAAACGCAGAUCACAUAGAUCCUUUUAUUUCAGCUGAAAUUCCAGACAAAUCCGAAGAUCCGCAGUUAUACUCACUUGUGUCUGAGUAUAUGAUUCACGGUCCUUGUGGGAAUGCUAACUUGAGCUGUCCUUGCAUGGUUGACAAAAGAUGUUCUAAACGAUUUCCUAAAAAGUUUUCUGCUCAAACUAUUAUUGACUCAAGUGGUUUUCCGGUUUAUCAAAGAAGAGAUUGUGGUCGUACUGUUAUAAAGAAAGGUGUUCAACUUGACAACCGAAGUGUUGUACCGUAUAACAAAAGUCUAUUAAGACGAUACCAAGCUCAUAUUAAUGUUGAAUGGUGUAACCAAGCUGGCUCCAUAAAGUACCUUUUCGAGUACAUUAACAAAGGUCCUGACCGGGCUACCGCCGUUGUGUUUUGCGAAGCAGAAGGGUCUAGCAUUCAGAAACCAAAAGACGAAAUAAAAGAGUACUACGAUUGUAGAUACAUAUCUGCUUGUGAAGCUUCUUGGAGAAUUUUCUCAAAUGCAGUGCAUUAUAGAUAUCCUGCUGUAAUGAGGCUUCCUUUUCAUUUACCUGGUCAGCAUAAUGUUGUAUAUGGUGCAGAUGAUGAUAUUGAAGAUGUCUUGAGCAAACCAUCCGUUGCUUCUUCGAUGUUUUUGAAAUGGUUUGAAUUAAAUCAACGUGAUGACGAAGCAUGUAAAUUGACUUAUGUCGAGUUCCCACAAAAGUAUGUUUGGAAUGUAAAAGAUAGACGCUGGCAAAUACGAAAAAGGUAUCAAACUGUUGGUAGAAUUCAUUCCGUUUCAAUUGCUUCUAGUGAACCUUAUUAUUUAAGGAUUCUCCUAAACAAAGUCAGGGGUCCCAAAUCAUUCGAAGAUAUUCGAACAGUUAAUGGAGAGUUAUUCCCCACUUUUAAAGACGCAUGCUAUGCAAUGGGUCUUCUAGAUGGUGACAACGAAUAUGUUGAAGCAAUUAAAGAAGCAAGUUUUGAUGGUCAUUGUCGGUAUUUAAGAGCAUUAUUUGCCACAAUGCUGUUAACAAAUACUCUAACAAGACCUGAAUUUGUUUGGGAUAAAACGUGGCAUUUAUUAGGAGACGAUAUUUUGUACAGACGUCGGAAAGAGACACGUAUCCCUGAUUUAACGCUUCCUGAAGAUCAACUGAAGAAUCAGAUUUUUUUUUUGAAAUUGAGAAUUAUUUAA